GUUUUUGGGUAGGGAGUACAUAAUGCAAUGGUGUCCCCCAAAAGAAGUCCAGGACUCUUCAGAUGAGGAUGGAGAGGUACGAAGCUCAAAUGAUGAAGAUGAUGAUGUUGUAGUUGCUCCAUCUACAUCACAUACAGCUCCUCCUCGAAAAACAAGGAUGAAAAAUAUUUGGAGCUCUGUUUUAGCUGAUCAAAGUUCUGAUGAUAUAUCAAGCAGCAUGGGAACAGUGGGUAUGAAGCGUUUUAUGUCAAGAGGACCAGAGUCAUUUUCUCUUGAACUUGCUUAUAAAGAUCAAGAGAGCUUUCCAGACGACAAUGAACAAGUGAAUGACAUUGAUCAUGAGAUAGAGAAUUACAUGAACCAACAAACUAAGCCUGUGCAAGAAAAUGGAGGUACAGCUAUCAAAAAGACAGCUUUAAAACGCAAGCGAUCAAAAGGUAAUGCGAAACCAGGUAACGUACCACAAUAUAAACCUGGACAGAUGGUUAAGUUGAACAGGCGCUGUGAGGUUUGUGAGAGUGACAGUGAAGAGAAAGUAGCUGAAGAAUUAAUCUUUAGACUGUGGGAAAAGAAAAGGGAUUUAAUGCGAAAAAUUGUCCACACUAUCGGAGUGCCCGCUGCGCUUUUGCUGUAUAGUAAAACUGAAAUGUUAGAACUGAGUGGAGGUCUUAUGACACUCCAAGGCAGUCGACGUCGCACACCAGGCGGGACUUUCCUUCAUCUGCUCCGGAACCAAGAAGGAAUUGAUCAGAAUGAAGUAAACCGCAUUUUUGAAGAGGACUCACUGAGAGAACGGGAGCAGUGGAUGUCUGCGAAGAGAGCGAAGAAGCAAGGGAAGGAGGUAGGAGUUAACAGAGCAAGUGCUCCUCCUGCUUCAGAGCGCAUAUUGGAGGUUGCUCCUGAUAAUCCAAAAUUUGCAUCUUUUGGAGUAACUCCCCAUAACAGCCCAUCUGUCGAUAUGGCUGAAGAUGUGACAGAAUCUUGACGAGAGUUUCUUCAUAAUUUCCGUGUGUUGUUUUUACAUUGUGCUCACUCCUAUUUUGAUGCAAUUCAUUUUAUUCAUCGUUUUUAUGUUAUGUACCUUUAAACCACCAUUUCACAUAGUGUUGUUUAUUCUGCAGUAAUAAAGUGAUCGUGGGUUCACUUAUGUUAAAUUUUAAUAAAGUUAGAAAGAGUGUCAAAUUUUCACUCAAUUAGCAAAAAAAUCUGUCAAAUCACAUGAUGAUAACUUUUGUUAGUUCUAAAUUUCUUUACUGUUUUCAACAUUAACUGCAUACCAUAUCAUUCCUGCUGCUGGCAUCUUGCUGUCUGUCAAUACAUUUUAUUCAAGUAAAUUUUUUCUUGGUAUUUAAAAUUAUAAAGCCAGAGAAAUUUCUUAGUUAAUCUAUAAAAGUGAUCCGUUAUAAAAAGUUCAUAUAAUUUAAUGCUUUUUUUUAAAAAAUGUGCAG